AUGUAUGAUAAUCUUGGAGCUCAACGUGGGCUGCAGAUACCAUCUUCCAACACACAGCCAAAUCCUUUUGGGAAUACAUUCUAUGGUGCUAGUUCAGGAUUUAUUAGAGGUGGACUGGGUGCUUACGGAGGGAAAAUCUUAGGAUCUAGCUCUGAAUAUGUGCAAAGCAAUAUGAGCAGGUAUUUUUCUGACCCUCAAUACUAUUUCCAAGUGAAUGACCAUUAUGUAAGGAAUAAAUUGAAGGUUGUUCUUUUCCCAUUCCUUCACAGGGGUCAUUGGACAAGAAUCACUGAGCCAAUGGGUGGGAGGUUCUCCUACAAGCCCCCAAUUUACGAUAUCAAUGCUCCAGACUUGUACAUUCCAUUCAUGGCAUUUGGUACCUAUGUUGUUCUUGCUGGCUUCUUAUUGGGUCUUCAAGGGAAGUUUUGCCCGGAAGCUUUGAACUGGCUGUUCGCCAAGGGCUUGGUAGGCUGGUGUUUGCAAGUUAUACUUCUGAAAGCAACAUUGUCUACAUUGGGUAGUGGUGAGGCUCCUCUGCUUGAUAUCGUGGCAUAUGCUGGAUACACUUUCAUGGGACUGUCUCUGGCUAUCUUGGGGAAGAUUGUCUGGUACUAUUCGUACUACUUUCUGAUGCCAUGGACGUGUUUAUGUAUGGGGAUUUUCUUGGUGAAGACAAUGGAGAGAGUUCUUUUUGCCGAAGUGAGGAGUUAUGAUUCGAGCAAGCGUCAUUAUCUCCUACUGCUCAUUGCCUUGGCUCUGUUCCCAUUAUUCAUAUGGCUCGGGAACAUUACUCUUAACUGGCUUUUAUAA